UCAGGUGCAAAGUAAAAUAAAGCGCAAGAGCCUGUAUUAAAGAUUUGUAGGCUGCCGGUGUGAUUAAGUUAAUGCUAACUUUGCUACCUGAACCUUUUGGGGUUAUCUCGUGUUGUUCGAAUAUCUGUAAACAAACUGACCCGUGAACGCAUCACCGAGACGACCGACUGACACUCGAGUUUUUAUUUGUUUUUUAAUUUUUAUUUUCUAUCACCUUUUUUUGUUUGGGAGUUGAUCACAUGGAGUCUGCAGAUGUUCAGCGGGGGGGCGGCAGUCUAAGGCGCUCCCCUUUCGACCUCAUCAUGAACCAGAUCCGCAGGAAGCGUGCAGCGUCAGACAGGAAGCCUCUGGGACGCUUCCUGUCCAGAGACCGGACGGGCAUCCCUGAGGACAGAGAGGACAGAGAGGAGAGAGGUGCAGCGGAGGGGGCAGAGAGUGAGUGUGAUGCCGGCUGGGGGCGAGUGUGUGUGUUCCUGCAGAGGUUGGGGAAGAAGGCGGACAGCCGGAGCCUGAACCUCGCUCACUGCGACCUCACCGCUACUGACCUGCUGGAGCUCGCCACCCUGCUGCAGUUCCUCCCUCAGCUGGAGGAGAUGGAUGUCUCCUGGAACGGUCUGAUUGGAGGAAGCCUCAAAGCGCUGACCUCUUACCUGCAGGAUGCGGGGGGGGUCAGAGCUCUGAGGCUCUGCAGCUGCAGACUGGACGCCGAGGACCUCGCUGCUCUGGGUGAAGCUCUGGGCUGUGUGCCUCUCUUGGAGAUCCUUGAUCUGUCCUGGAACAGUGGCUUGGGGGGCGGCGCUUUGCAAGGCCUGCUGGGUAAACUGCCCCCCCCACUGAAGGAGCUUCACCUGGUGUCCUGCCAGCUCAAUGCAGCUGAUGCUACUCUACUGGGAGGACUGCUGUCUGUUCUCUCUGGUCUCUGUGUGUUGGACGUCUCCUGUAAUCCUCAGCUCUCACAGGAAGUGGAAGCUUUCAGAGAGUUUUCUUCCUCUCUGUCUCACGCCGCCUCCAUCACCACGCUGCGUUUACAGGCCUGCGGUCUGACGGAGGAUGGCCUCCAUGCUCUGGGUGGUUCACUCCACGGCCUCCCCUCCCUGCGACAGCUGGACCUGUCCUGUAACAGAGGUCUGUCUGGAGGUCUGAGCCACCUCACGCUGCACCUGUCUCACCUCACACACCUGCAGAGCCUGGACCUGCACCUCUGCUGCCACACACACACCGACCUGCAGGCCCUCAUCCAGGCUCUUCCCUCACUGCCGGCACUAACGGAACUCGAUGUGUCGUCCAAUAAGGAGGUGGGGGGGGCGCUCCACCCGCUGCUCGCCGCCCUGCCUCUCACUCAGAUGAGACGUCUGCCGCUCAACAGCUGCAGCCUGAGCCAGGAGGCCUUCACUGCUCUGGCUGUGUGUGUGCCGUACCUGCGCAGUGUGGAUGUGUCCUGGUGUAAGGUUGUUGGAGGACAUCUGCCUCUGCUGCUGGACGCUCUGCAGCCGGCCGUGCUGACGGAGCUCCGCCUCAGCAGCUGUGAGCUCACCACCGAGGACCUGCAGCACCUGGCUGCAGUGUGCCGGCGUGGCCUCCUCUCCUCUCUGCUCGUGUUGGACCUCUCCUAUAACGCCUCAGUGGGGGAUGAAGGGUGGUCCGCUCUCUUCGCAGCGGGGGGCCUGGGCUCGCUGCAGGAAGUGGACCUCAGCCUGCGACCUUUGACCUCGGCCCCCUGCACGGCCUGGCUGCCGGCACUGCUGUGUGCUCUGCCCCCCCUCCCUGCGCUGACCCGCCUCUCUCUGCAGUGCUGGACCAGCAGCCCCCGGGACAGGAAGCAGCUGAAGCACUGCCUGAGGAAGAGGAGCGUGCUGCUGGAGUGGGACCCUCCCAAUGAAGACGAAACAUCUUCGUUUAAAUCGACCAAUCAGGAGAGUCCAGAGGAGUAGGGUUCAAAAUCAAAUGUUUUGUUCCCAAUGAAUAACACUCUUGUUCCUGCACUCUGAGAUUUAAACAGGCAAAUGACCACGCCUUGUAUAUUAGUCGUGACUAGUUUUCUAAUAUUGUAUUAUUGUGAUAUUCAGGCAACCUCAAAAUAAUUCAUAAGUUAAACAAUUCUGAGACAAAUCAAGUAUUUUUCCCAAUUUGAAAAAGUUUUCAAGCAAUAUAAAUACAUGCGAGCAGAAAGCCGUUCACAUUUCCAUGUAAAACAAAUGUAAUGAAUCUUAAUGUAUGAUAUGGAGUACAUAAUAAUGAUAAAAAAGUAUAUUUCACUUUUUAUAGUUGAAAUUUGGUGAGCAGAUAUUAUUAUAUAACCACAGAAAGCUCGACUGAAAGUUGAUAAACAAUAAUACAAUAAAAGUGGUCCAAUUGUAUAUGUCAUGAACUCUGUAGGGUUCCUUUAACAAUCUUAAAACGUAUCACUUUAUAUUCUGCACUCUUAAAUCUCCGCACUGUAAAUAUAAAUGUAAAUGAGAUGAAAGGAUGUGAAAUUUAGAUGCACUUUUUUAAAUAAAAGAAUCUCACAAAAAACA